AUGGCAGUGAGCGUGGAGAUCACACGGAAGGCAGUGCUGAGGCCUUCACCGGAGUCAGCAUGGGGCGGCGCCAAGAAGGUUCCCAUCACCGUCUUCGACCGCGCCUCCACCGACGGGUACAUCCCGACGGUCUUCGCGUGGAGCUCGCCGGCGCCUACCAACGGCACGCUCAAGGACGGCCUCCUCGCCACCGUCGCAAGGUUCCCGCACCUGGCAGGGAGGUUCGCCGUCGACAACAACGGAAGGAAGUUCCUCCACCUGAACAACGCCGGGGUGCUAGUCAUUGAGGCUACCGCCCGGGCGGACCUCGCUACGGCGUUAGCGCAUGACGCCUCCGCCCAUAUCGCCGAGCUAUACCCAAAAGCGGAGAAGGAACAUGUGGACGAGCCUAUCUUCCAGGUGCAGCUGACGCGGUACACGUGCGGCGGGCUUGUGAUCGGCAUGGCCAGCCAUCACCAGGUCGCCGAUGGCCAGUCCAUGAGCGGCUUCUCCGCCUCCUGGGCCACCGCCGUCCGCACAAAUUCCGCUGCCCUGCCGUCGCCGUUCCUCGACCGUGGAGCCACCGACAACCCACGCAGCCCGCCGUUGCCGGCGUUCGAUCACGGAAGCAUCGAGUUCAAGGGCGAGCACAGCUCCAGCCGCUCCUACAGAGUGCUCCCCUUGGACAGGAUCAAGAACCUGGCGCUGCACUUCCCGGGCGAGUUCGUCGCUGAGCUCAAGGCCCGUGUGGGGGCGCCAUGCAGCACGUUCCAGUGCCUCCUUGCGCACGCAUGGAAGAAGGUCACGGCGGCGCGCGACCUGGCCCCGGAUGAUUUCACGCAGGUGAGGGUCGCCGUAAACUGCCGAGGCCGGGCCAAGCCUCCGGUGCCCAUGGACUUCUUCGGAAACAUGGUCCUCUGGGCGUUACCGAGGAUGCGGGUCCAGGAUCUCCUGUCCUCCAGCUACCCCACCGUGGUCGGCGUUAUCCGCGACGCCGUUGCGCGCGUGAAUGACGAGUACAUCCAGUCGUUCGUGGACUUCGGGGAGGCAAAGCGCGACAUGAAACUAGCGUCCACGGCAGCAACGCCGGGCAUGGCGUUCUGCCCUGACCUGGAGGUGGAUAGCUGGCUCGGGUUUGGCUUUCAUAACCUUGACUUCGGCGGUGGGCCGCCGUGCGCCUUCCUAUCGCCGGACCUUCCCAUCGAUGGAGUAAUGAUCUUGGUGCCGUCGUGCGCUGCCAAGGGUGGCGCCCAUCUGUUCGUGGCUCUUGACCACGAGCACGUACAAGCCUUCAAGCAGAUUUGCUAUUCCAUAGAGUGAUGAGCGAUGACCGCAAAUUAUAGCGUCGGUUUUGCUAGAUCUCAGCCGACUGAGAUCUAACAAAGUUCCAUUCAUAGCACAAUGUUUAGCAAGCCCUUUAAUAUCAUUCAUGGUCCUCUCUAAAGUUAUAGACGUAUUUAUCAUUCUCUUUUUUAGAACGAAGGCUCGAGUACAUCUGGCUUUCAAUUAAUAAAGUCAUCAACAGGUCAGAAUUACACUGCAACAUACAAACAAGCAAAUAUGAAAACAAAGCGGCAAAAGAUACAGAGUGCCUACAAACAGCUAUCAACAAACCGGCCUCACAGGCAAACAAAAUAAGAAAAGAAACACAACUUGAAGUACUAAUGCUAACACCUGCGGCAACAGUGGGCUCCAGAGGGAAGGCGAAGUUCCCUGGAGGGACACCAACUGCAGAAGAACACUUCAUUGCCCGCUCCCAGAAGGAAGAAACCGGGUCACUGUGCCAUAUCCAUUUCCUU